AUGGCUAGCUCUCGAUUAGCAUUGCUUGCUGCACUGGUAUGCUGCGUUGACGCCCACGAGUCUUUGUCCAAGGCGGGCAUUCUCCACAGAGACGUUCCCAUCGACAAUCUCAUGAUCAAUGAGGACAGUCGCAACCCAUCCUGGUCUGCUUUCUUAAUUGAUCUUGACCUGGCAGUUCGAGAGCCAAGAGAAGGGUCCUCUGGUGCCAAGGGAAAGACUGGUACGCGGGCGUUUAUGGCAAUCGGGGCGCUGCUCGGCGAGCAGCAUUCGUUCAUGCACGACCUAGAGUCGUUUUUCUGGGUGCUUUUCUGGAUAUGCAUUCAUUAUGAUGCAGAUGGCAAAGAUGUUGGCCCGACCGGGUUUGAUAGGUGGAACUACGAGAGCGAUGGCACGUUGGCUGAGCUCAAGAUGGGUGUAGUUGCUGACGAGCAAUACUUUCAGCAAAAGAUUACGGAGAGCUUCACUGCACAAUACCAGCCACUAGUGCCCUGGGUCAAGAAGCUACGAAGGGAAGUAUUCCCUAGUGGACGUAAAUGGAACAGUUCAGAGCCUGGGCUAUAUUCCUUCAUGAGGCAGGUUCUUGACGAUGCACGGAAGGAUCCAGAAGUGCUAGCAAACACGUAA